CUCGCGCCGCCCGGGCUCAGAGCGGUGGCAGCAGCGGCCGCGGCAACAGCUCCCGCUCGGGCUCCGGCUCCCGCUCGGCCCCGUUCGGCCCCGCGCGCCCGGGCCCCGCGCCCCGACCCCGCCGCCGCGCCUGCCGGGGGGCCUCGGGUGCCCCCGCCGCCCGCCUCACGCUGAAGUUCCUGGCCGUGCUGCUGGCCGCGGGCAUGCUGGCGUUCCUCGGUGCCGUCAUCUGCAUCAUCGCCAGCGUGCCCCUGGCGGCCAGCCCGGCGCGGGCGCUGCCCGGCGGCGCCGACAAUGCCUCGGCCUCCUCGGCCGCCGCCGCCGCCGCGUCCCCGGGCCCGCAGCGCGGUCUGAGCGCGCUGCACGGCGCGGGCGGCUCGGCCGGGCCCCCCGCGCUGCCCGGGGCGCCGGCGGCCAGCGCGCACCCGCUGCCACCCGCGCCCCUCUUCAGCCGCUUCCUCUGCACGCCGCUGGCGGCCGCCUGCCCGUCGGGGGCCGAGCAGGGCGACGCGGCGGCCGGCGAGCGGGAGGAGCUGCUGCUGCUGCAGAGCACGGCCGAGCAGCUGCGCCAGACGGCGCUGCAGCAGGAGGCGCGCAUCCGCGCCGACCAGGACACCAUCCGCGAGCUCACCGGCAAGCUGGGCCGCUGCGAGAGCGGCCUGCCGCGCGGCCUCCAGGACCCGGGGCCCCGCCGCGACGCCAUGGCCGACGGGCCCUGGGACUCGCCGGCUCUCAUCCUCCAGCUGGAGGACGCCGUGCGCGCCCUCCGGGACCGCCUGGACCGCAUCGAGCAGCAGGAGCUCCCAGCCCGUGUGAACUUCUCAACCGCCGCAGCCCCUGCACCCACGGUGCCCACCGCCCUGCACUCCAAGAUGGACGAACUGGAAGGGCAGCUGCUGGCCAAGGUGCUGGCCCUGGAGAAGGAGCGCGUGGCUCUUAGUCACAGCAGCCAGCGGCAGCGGCAGGAAGUGGAGAAGGAGCUGGAUGCCCUGCAGGACCGCGUGGCUGGACUGGAACAUGGGUCCUCGGCCUACAGCCCCCCAGAUGCCUUCAAGAUCAGCAUCCCCAUCCGCAACAACUACAUGUACGCCCGUGUGCGGAAGGCGCUACCCGAGCUCUAUGCCUUUACCGUCUGCAUGUGGCUGCGCUCCAGGUCAGAUGGCAGUGGCCAGGGCACACCCUUCUCCUACUCUGUGCCCGGGCAGGCCAAUGAGAUUGUACUGCUGGAGGCGGGCCAGGACCCCAUGGAACUGCUGAUCAAUGACAAGGUAGCCCAGCUGCCUCUGAGCCUGAAGGACAAUGGCUGGCAUCACAUCUGUGUCGCCUGGACCACGAGGGAUGGCCUGUGGUCUGCCUACCAGGACGGGGAGCUGCAGGGCUCUGGUGAGAACUUGGCCGCCUGGCACCCCAUCAAGCCUCACGGGAUCCUCAUCCUGGGCCAGGAGCAGGAUACCCUGGGCGGCCGGUUUGAUGCCACCCAGGCCUUCGUGGGUGACAUCGCCCAGUUUAACCUGUGGGACCACGCCCUGACACCUGCCCAAGUCCUGGGCAUUGCCAACUGUACCGGGCCACUGCUGGGCAACGUCCUCCCCUGGGAAGACAAGCUGGUGGAGGCCUUCGGGGGUGCAAAAAAGGCCACCUUUGAUGUCUGCAAGGGGAGGGCCAAAGCAUGAGGGGCUGCCUCAUCCAGGGUCCCUCCCUUGCCUGCCAGGGGACCUUAUGAUGGGGGCACACAUUCCCUCCUCAGCCUACCCACACACUGACCUCCCUUCCCGCCCCACUCCUGACCGUGCCACCUGUUUCCCCCUCUAUACCCACACCUCCAGAAUGCCCUGCCCUGCAGCGCCUGUCCCCUAACCCCACUUGGAUGGGGACAAGCAGCUCAAGCCAACAGGCCAAGCCUGGGGUGAGUCCAGGGCCUAGUAGGGGGUAGUAGCAGAGCCCCCCCAGCACUGCCCACCCUCUCAGCAUUACACUGGAGCUCUCUCUUACCCCCACCCACGCUGGCCCAUCAGCCACGUCUGAUUCCACUGAUCUCAACAGCAUGUCCCACAGGGUCGUGUAUGAGGGAAGGACUCACUAUCUCAGCGGCAGGCUUGGCUGUCUGCCCUCCUGUCCCCCAUGCAACAGGCCUGGCCCCUUCCCCUUCAGGGACACAACAGACUCUAGAGCCGUCCCCCGAGCUGAGAAGGGGAUGAUAGAGACAGGAAACUCAGACUCAUCCCUCCUCCAACUUUCCACCCGUUGCCAGUGAAGGGCCACGGGAUCUUGACGGAGCCUCCUGCACCUUCUCUCUUCCUCUUCCCUCGUUUCUAUGUGUGCAGUGGUUUGAAUGUUGGUUCCAUGCCUGGCCCACCCCCACCUUGAUUUCCAGGACAUCCCCUUCCAGCUCCAGCCUGAGGGACAAGACCCUGGGAGGCCCAAAGGCCAUAGUCACCCCUUGUGCCCCCCCACACGUGUGCUAACUGGCAGGUCACCUCUCGAUGCUGAGGAUGGCCUGGGCCACUUCAGCCUGGGAUAGGAGCAGUUUGUGUCAGAGACAUGUGCCCAGGGGACCCAGGUUACAGCAGAGCCACAUUACCUACUCCCUCUGCAUGGCCCUGCAGCCUCUGGGGAAAGAGGGGAGAAACCAAGUAGGCAAAGAGGGGAGAAGCACGGAGUGGUGUGCAGAGCACUGGAUGAGAAGAAGCCCAUGGUUGCUGGUUAGCCUGGCUGCUAACCUGCUGUGUGGCCUUCUGUGAGUCCCUGCCCUCUCUGGCUCGGCCUUCCUCAUUUGUAACCCUUGCUUUGGUCAUUCCGGAGAGCUCUCCAGAUCAGAUGUGAGAUGGUCUGUGGUUCCAAGUGGAUCAGAUGCGGCAAGUCUGAAGCUGCCCAGGAACCAGAGGCAGAUCCUGAGAGUAAGUAGCAGAUGGGAUCUGGCUAGGCAUGGGUCAGGGUCAGCAGCGGCCUCCAGAAAGUCAGGGGCAAGGGCAAGGGACAAGGCAGACCAACCUCAUGCACAGAUUGUAAAAACCAGCUUUUCUGGAUCCCCACCACCACCACCACCACAGCCUGGCACCCUUGCCCAUCUGAAAGGGCUGGUGGUUUCUAGCUCCCCACCCUGAGUCCUCACCAGCUCCCCCAAGAGAGUGGAAGAAUGUAAAAGCUGAGAAAAACCACCCAGUCUGACUUCUUGCUUAUAUAGAUGGGGAAGAGCUCCGAGAGGUCAAGUGACUUACACAGGAUCACACAGCACAAUGUGGCAGAACCAGGACUAGAACUCAGGGCUUCUGACACCCCCUUCAGUGCUCUUUCCCCCUACACCAUACUGCCUGCCCAUGAGUGUCUUCGCGUCCAGCCUUCACCUGAGAGGAUGGACAUUUGAAAGAGGUCAGAAUGCUUUCCAACGUGAACAUCUUCCUUUAUGAAACACACAAAUAUCUUGGCAUCCAGCCACCCUACCCCGCCCCAGGAAGUAGGGGGAGGAAAAGGGUGAUCCCCAGGCACUCUGGCAGGAAUGGAAAGCGGGUGUCCCUUCUGCCGGUCACCUAUGACGAGGUGUCUGGGCAGCUGCAGACUACCUGACUCGAGCAGGUACUGAUGCAUGUGCCCCGCUUUCUGCUUCCUAUCUCUGCCCCCGACCACUACUCAGCCUGGGGCAGGAGGCAAGAGAGCAGCAGGCUGUGGGGCCCAUUGCCAUGGACGCCUCCCCAAGACUUGUUGCCUCCAGCCCCCAGAUGCUUGUUGCCAGUUCAAGAGCACAAAUAGACCUUUCAGCACAACGGCCCCAACUCCCCCUAGAAGCAGCAGUGAUGGCGUGCUUCCGCCAGAACCUGCUGAGACCAGGGUUGCCCUGGUAACAGCCAAUGACAUCAGCCCAAGUGCUGGGUCAUGCAUCUUUUAAUGACAAACGCUGUUGCUGGGGUGACAGCAGAAUUUGGAACCCAGAUUCUGGGGACACCGGGUUUUAUUGGGUUUCCGGUACUGGUUUUAAGGAAGCAGGUUUUCUGGAGGCCUUGGGGGAAAGAAGGGGUCUAGGAGGGAAGGGACAGAACUUGAGCCCACCCAGAGGCAUCCAUCCAAGUCCUUUAUGCUUUGUUUUGGUUAUGAUGAGACAUCGGACCUUGGUCCCCAUCUGAGUCACCCGGCCAGCCCUCCAGAGGGCACAGGAACAAAUUAGAGGCUUUGAGGUGCAGGCUGUGAGUCUGGGCCAUUGGUGAGUGGCCUGGGUGCUCGUUUCCAUUCCAGGAAGGUGAAAACCUGAAAGUCCCCACCCUUCCUUCAUUCACUGAUCGUUCUUCACCUUUGCUGAACACCUGCUGUUUGGACUCCGGCUCUGGUCUUGUCCAGCUGCUGCUGGGCACAGCGGAGAAGAUGGGGAAAGAGGAGCUAGAAACGGUGCUCACUUGUGUCCUUGAGCUACCCUGGCAGUGAUGCUGGAGUCUGUUUGUUCCAUCUUUUUAAAGCAUCAGGCCUGUGCUGAGCACCUCACAGGCAUCAUCUCAUUUAUCCUCACAACACAAGCUAGGACUGUUCUCAGCCCUGUGAUCCAAGGGAGGGAACUAGGCACAGAGAGGUUAAGUCACCUGCCCGGUGUCAAUCAGCUGGCAGGUGCUGGAGUCCAGACUUCAAGCCAAGGCAGGUUAUAGCCAGGACCAAAGGGACAGGCACCCCUACUCUGUGUGGAGUGAGACUCGAGCAUCAUUGCUGCCAGUGGGUUUUGCCCUAAAGAGAUGUGCUUGACCCCAUUCACUACCCUUCCAGGGUUGGUGAUGGAGGAAGAGGCCCAGGAUGGGCUGGCUCCAGGGCCAGGGUCCCCUUGAGUGAGGCCGUGGAGGGGUCUCUGCAGUGUGCCUGCCACCUCAGCCCUUCUCCAACUGGCUCGAGUUUCCAGGAGACUCCAAAGGGAAGAGGAAGCUGGACGGUCUCCCAAGAGUCCCAGGCAGGGAAGAGGGGAGAUGAUCUUUCUCAAAAUUCUGCUUUGGUCAAGCCCUACGCCAGGUGCUUCACAGCUCUGAUCUGCCAGAUUUCUCCCCGCUUUGUGGCAUGCUGUACCUCCGGUCAAUAUCCUGAGGGAACAGAUCAUCUUGCCACAGUUGUGCAUGACCUAGGACCACAGCUUUGGACAGAAAGGUUUCUUCAAGAGGCCCCAGCCUCGUUUUAUAGAUGAGGAUGCAGGGGCCCCCGGAGGGUGCGUGGUUCUUGGGGCCACCCAGCCAGGACUUCCAGAGACCUGAUCUCAGUUUUCUGACUCUCCACAAUGCAGUGGUCCCUCCCCCCCAACCAAGAACUGGGUCCCUGAUUCCUCUCCAUUUCCCAGCACCUUGCCUUGAGCAGACUGGGGAAGGGGUCCCCUCCCAAAGAUGGGAUCAUUCUCCUCCCCCUCUGUCCCAGCUGCCUGCCCCCCCCCCACCAAACCCCGCCUCGCCCCUGCUGGGUGGGGAGGGGGCUUGAGUGGUCCCAGGCUGAGCAGUGAGUGAGCACGUCCAACUGUCUGACACUGUGAAAUUAGCGCAUCCCCUCCUUCUCCUCGCCCGGUUUUGUACAUAAAGUGACGAGAUGCAACAUGUGUGCGUAUGUGUGUAUGUAUAUGAGAUGUGUCCUGGUUUUUGUUACUUUUUUUGUUUUUGUAAAUUUGAAUGUUCAAAAUAAACUGUUUACUCUGA